AUGUUCAAUCCGCAAGCUGCUCGCAGGCCUCCCGGCAGCAUGCAGCCCAAUCCUGGCGCUCCCGUCCAAAGUCAAAGUGACAUAAAUGCCAAGGAAAAGCAUAAUGUAGGGCUUGCUGCUUACGUGUACGAAUAUCUGGUCAUUUCUGGAGCGACGAAAACCGCUGAAGUUUUCAAAGAAGAAGUUCUAAGUAACGUUCCAAAUGGAGCUAUCAAACCCAGCGAAGUUGGUCCAGGCUUUUUACAAAACUGGUGGAUGUAA